CAGCCGGGCGGCGCUCGCUCCUCUGCGGCUGUCCCGGUGCGCAAGGUGGAGCCGCCCGGCACUGCCCGGCCCCGGCUGCCCCCGCCUUGCCGCCCGUAAUGCCGAGGGCUCCGGCGGAACCGCAGAAUCCUCCGGUGGGGCGGGGGAGCCUCCGCUCGGGGGUCCUGAUGGCGGCUGCGCGGGGCUCCGGGUGCUGCAAACCCCUGGCCACCAAACCCCGUCACUGCCCCCGCAUCCCCGAGAUGCGCUGCGGGCCCUUCGCCCUCCCUCCAGCCCGCUCUCGUUUUCCGCAGCCGGGAUGAGCCCCGCGCCCUCCCGGCUCCGCUGCGGAAACGGGCGCAGGUUGCUGUGGAAUCGCUCUCGGCUCCAUUUCGGCAUCUUCCCUAGGUGGCCCCGAGUGCAGACGUUCCAGAGCCUACAGCUGGAGCGGGAAAUGUGUUUGGCUUCAAAUUGCACCCAGGCCAGGGUGAAUCUGUCCCUGCGCCCACGGCUGGAGGAUGGGAAGGCUUCCCUGGCCAUCAAGUACCAGGAGCUGCAGGAGAUCCGAGAGGCGUGUUGGGACAAACAGCAGCGCCUGGAGGUUUACCUGGAGAAGUGGAGCCCACAGAGUGCCCUGGGCCAGCUCCAAGCCAAGCUUGAUGCCUCCGAAGCAGAGUCAGAGGCACAGAUAAAGCAGUUCCUGACCCAGGACCUGCCCCUCGAGUCCUUUCUGGAGUCCUUCUGCCAGAGCCGCACACGCUCCCACGUCUGCCGGACGCAGCUGGAGAAACUGCAGGAGCUGCUGCAGAAGGACCAGGUGCAGAAGGACCAGGUGGGCAGGGACCCUGUGGGCCCUGCAGGGUGCCCAGGUGCCCCAGCUAGCAUGACACCAGCCCGCCUUGCCCCAUUGCAGAGUGGAGCAGCCCCCAAAGCCUUUGAUCUCUCCUACGGCUUCGUGCCUGCCUUCCUCAUCCCCUCGGAGGCUGUUGCGCCCUUUCCCGUGCCGGCUGCACCUCCCAAGCACCAUCUCCCAGCCCUGGAACAGCAGCCAGCAUCCCCCAGCUCUGAAAUCCCCAGCCUGGGCUCUCCCCUGCGCCUCGUUGGACACAUCCCCCUGCUCAGCCCCCAGCCUGGCCGCGGGCAGCAGCAGCCCCAACACCAGAAGCAGGAGCCUCCACACCGGUAGCAGGGCAAGGAUGGGAGAUGUCCCUGCUCCUGUGCCUCCACGGGAGCUGUGCAGGAACGCCGUGGGCAGGGAAGAACAGGGGUGGGGGGUGGUGUAGGCACAGCUCCAAAGGGCUGCAGGGUGUGUGGGGCAGGCACAGGGGCGGGUGCUCACUCGGUUGGGGCAGGUGCCAUGGCUGGGUAGGGGUCCUGCAUUUGGGGAGCUGCAGGGGGGAGGUCUCUGCAUCCACAGCAAGGGGAACAGUGACAGGAAGUGGGGGUGGGUGGCUUGUAGGGAUGUCAGUGGGCUUAGCUGGGAGGGAUAGCAGGGAAAGGGCACAGGAGAGCUGGGUCUGCCACAUGCUUCCUAAAUAAAGCCUCUUUCCAUGC